UGAAGCGCUUAGGCAUAAGGACUAUGACCACAGUGAAUAAGAGUAAGGUUGUGCAGCCGAAGUGGCAGGUACCUGUGCAGAAGCAGGAGAAGCCAGUUCUCAAGCUUUAUAACUCGUUGACGAGAUCGAAGGAGGAGUUCGUGCCGUUGGACUCUGCUGAGGUGACGUGGUACUCUUGCGGACCGACUGUUUACGACUCGAGUCAUAUGGGCCAUGCCCGUAACUACGUGUCAAUUGACAUCAACAGAAGAAUCCUGCAGAAGUACUUUAGAUACAACGUGAAGUUUGUGCAGAACGUUACUGAUAUUGACGAUAAGAUCAUUAUCAGAGCACGCCAGAAUUACCUGUUUGAGGAGUUUGCAAAGGAUUUGGCAGAUGAGAAGACCGUUCCUGCUGGUGUCAUCGACAAGGUUGAGCAUGGAUUCCAAAGCUUUGUUGAAAAGAACCUCCCGGAGGCCCCGGUGAAUGCUGCAGAGUUCGACAAGUGGGCAUCUGCUGUUAAUGUGUCAGAAGAACAAGCAAAGAACCCCAAAUUCCAAAUGUACUAUAACUCUGCUGUUUCCACUCGCUAUGCGCUGGAAAACUCAAAGUCAAUCACCAAGGAGGAAUUCUUACAAGGUGUUAAGGAUAUCAUUUCUCCAGUCCUGGACAAGGAGAAGGGCUCCACAGUGAAUGACCCUGAAGUGUUCCGUGCUUUACCUUCCUACUGGGAGCGUAAGUUCAACGAGGACAUGGCAGCACUGAACGUGCUACCACCAGAUGUCGUGACUAGAGUCUCAGAGUACGUGCCAAACAUCAUCUCCUUUGUUGAGAAGAUCAUUUCAAACGGAUACGCUUACGCUACUAACGAUGGUUCUGUCUAUUUCAACACUGUGGCAUUUGAUCAAUCUGAUAAGCAUGACUACGCUAAAUUACAACCAUGGAACAAAGGUCAACUUGAUCUGAUUGCCGAUGGCGAAGGUUCUCUAACGACCUCCGAUGCUGGGAAAAGAUCUCCAAACGAUUUUGCCCUUUGGAAGGCAUCGAAGCCAGGUGAGCCAGAAUGGGAUUCUCCUUGGGGAAAAGGCCGUCCAGGAUGGCACAUUGAAUGUUCCGUGAUGGCUAGUGAUAUCCUUGGCCCGCAGAUUGAUAUUCACUCUGGUGGUAUUGACUUGGCAUUCCCUCAUCACGAUAACGAGCUGGCACAAUCCGAAGCGUGCUUCGAUAACCACCAAUGGAUCAACUACUUCUUACACACAGGUCAUCUGCACAUUGAAGGUCAAAAGAUGUCCAAGAGUUUGAAGAAUUUCAUCACGAUUCAAGAGGCUUUGGAAACGUACAGUGCCAGACAACUCAGACUGGCAUUUGCAUUUACGCAAUGGAACAACCAAUUGGACUUCAAGAAGAGUCUACUGCAAGAGGUGAAGGCAUUUGAAAGCUCCUUGAGCAAGUUCUUCCAAAACGUUAGAGCAUUCAACCACGAAUACAACGAUAGACUUGCUAAAGGAGACGUGAUCUCAAAAGCUAUCGGACCUUUAGAAAAACAACUUUUGCAAGAUUUGAAAGAUGCUAAAGCUAAUGUGCACGCUGCAUUCUGUGAUAACUUGGCCACUCCACAGGCAUUGAAACAAUUGUCAGAUUUGGUCAGUAAGACCAACGCUUACAUCACCGCAGCCGACUCUGAAUUGAGAAUCGAUCAAAUUAACCAAGUCACCUUCUUUGUCAGUGACAUCUUGGAUAUUCUGGGUCUUCCUGCUCGUCGUGAUCAGCUUGGAUGGGAAGAUGCCUCCACCACAGAGUCCUCAGGCUCCACGGAGGACGUCUUGCUACCAGCUUAUAAGCUAUUGUCCAAAUUCAGAGAUACUGUCCGUGCUGCUGCGAUUGCAAACAAGGAAUCCCGUGACCUUCUUGCUGAAUGUGACUCGCUACGUGAAGAGCUACUCCAAAGCGGUGUUUCUCUUGAUGACCGUACCGACGGUAAAUCAGCCCUCGUGAAGAUCCUCACACCAGCGGAGAAGGAGGAGGCCAUCAAGCUCCAGCAGGAGAAGAAGCAACGCGAGGAGGAGAAGAAGCAGAAGAAGCUACAGCAGCAGAAGCUCAAGGAAGAACAAGAGAAGCUGAAACUCGCAAAGGCUAAGAUCCCACCUUCCGAGCUCUUCAAGACGGAGCAAUUCUCCGAAUGGGACGAAACCGGUAUGCCGCUAAAGGACAAGGACGGGAACGAAGUGAGCAAGAGCAUGAAGAAGAAACUCCAGAAGCAAUACGACGCUCAGAAGAAGCUCCACGAUGAGUAUAUAGCCUCCAAUGCCUAAUCCACACCAUAUCCGGCGCGGUUACCCGGCCUUCAUUGCCAUUCCCGUCGUAGUCGUAGCCACCUCCGCGAAUAUUUCCUAUUCGGGAACGGGGAGGGCGCUUUCCCCUCUGGGCGAGCUGAAGAACGCAAAGCAAAAGUUUUUGCGGCGUUGUGAAAAUUUCCUCUCCUUUCCGCCAACGUGUUGUUGUUCUUCUUCAACACAUCAAAACAAAGCAAUACUUCAAGGCUCUUUGGUGUAAAAAGAACAGGUUCCCGCCCUUUGUACUAUCACGGAUCAUAAAGCAAGCGAAGAAGGAGAAAAUCACCUUUCUGUCUAGUUUAUUAUCUUGAAUUGAAAGCAGUACAGUGUAAACCAAACCAUACCAUACCGAGCCGAAACAAAGUACACUUGUAACCAUUCGUAAUCAUAAGUGAACGAGCAACGGG